AUGGUGCAGAAGUCGGUGGUGUUUGGUUUGGUGGUGCUGCUGCUCGCCGCUGUCGGGACGUUUGUGGGCGUGUUUUUUGGCACCAGUGGUAAGAAAACCCCCACCGUCACUGAGACUUGGUACAGACGAGCCGCCGUAGCCGCGGACGCCGGGCCGUGCUCCGAAAUCGGCAGGGGCGUUCUGGUGAAGGGCGGGUCAGCGGUAGAUGCAGCGAUCGCUGGGUUACUGUGUGUGGGUCUGAUGAACGCUCACAGCGCCGGGAUCGGAGGAGGACUGUUCCUCACCAUCUACAACUCCACCACCGGAAGAGUGGAAACCAUCGAUGCUCGUGAGACGGCGCCCUCGAACGCCUCCAGAGACAUGUUCGGGAACAGCACGGAACUCUCCCAGAGAGGUGGUUUAGCGAUCGCGGUUCCUGGUGAAAUCCGUGGUUAUGAACUGGCUCAUCAGCGCCACGGGAGGUUAAAGUGGAGAGAACUCUUCAUUCCCAGUAUCAAACUGGCCAGGGAGGGAUUUCCUGUGGGGAACGCCCUCGCAGGAGCCAUUUACAAAAACAGAAACACCAUCAGACGAGACCCGAACAUGUGUUCCGUGUUCUGUAAUGCUGAUGGUGAUAUUCUGAAGGAAAACGACACGAUUAAAUUCCUGAAACUUGCUGACACGUACGAGGAAAUCGCAGAUAAAGGAUCAGACGUGUUCUACAACGGAACCAUCGCAGAGAAACUCGUCACUGAUAUCAGAGGGGCGGGUGGGAUCAUCACUACAGAGGAUUUAUCAGGUUACACACCCCUGUUAGAUGAAAAUCCUCUGAAUGCAUCUGUUGGUGAUAUGACCAUGUUCGUACCGAACGCUCCGUCCAGCGGCCCGGUGCUCACACUCAUCCUCAACAUCCUCAACGGUUAUAACUUCACGGCCGACAGCGUCUCUGACUCUCAGAAGAGGGUUCUAACCUACCAUCGUAUAGUGGAGGUGUUUAAAUUCGCUUUUGCUAAGAGGAGCAUGCUGGGAGAUCCAAAGUUCCUCAACAUCACUGAGUUCAUCCAGAACAUCAUGUCCAAAAGCUACGCCGAAUCCAUCCGCCAGAAGAUCACCGAUCACACCACGCACAACGAGAGCUACUACGAGCCGGAAUAUUUCAUUCCCGACGACCACGGAACGUCUCACAUCUCUGUAACGGACCAGGACGGGAACGCCAUCGCCGCCACCAGCACCAUCAACCACUUUUUCGGGUCGAAGGUUCUGUCCUCGUCCACCGGCGUGCUCCUGAAUAACGAGAUGGACGACUUCAGCUCUCCUCUGAUCGUUAACGGCUACGGCAUCCCUCCCUCACCCAACAACUACAUCCAGCCCUAUAAGCGGCCCAUGUCCUCCAUGUGUCCCACUCUGCUCUUCGAUGGGAAUAAGGAGGUGAAGAUGGUGGUGGGAGCUUCAGGAGGAACCAAGAUCACCACGUCAGUCGCCGAGGUGAUUCUGAACGCUUUGUUCUUCAAGUACGAUCUGAAGAGAUCAGUUUCUGAUCCCAGAGUUCAUCACCAGCUCAGUCCAAACUACGUCGUGGUGGAACCGAACUUCGAUACGGACGUGAUCGAGGGACUGAAGGAGAAGAAUCAUGUGAUCGAGGUGUUGGAAUCCACGGGCGCGGUGAUUCAGGCCAUCCAGAGAGACGGGUCACGCAUCUACGCCCAGUCUGAUCCCCGAAAAGGAGGGUACGCCACGGGGUACUGA